UAUAUGGUGUAGUAUUAUGUAGUAAUGUUGAAUGAAACAUAAUAAUAUACUCAGAAAUCAGAAGCAUCAUGGUUAUGGAUUUCAAGUCUAUCCCUCUAAUAGAUAUAAGUGCUCUUUUGGAGAAGUGGGAUCAUCCAAAUGUGGCCCAAGAUGAAGGUGUAGCUCAAGUUGUUAGACAAUUAGAUCAUGCUUGUAGACAUGCUGGAUUCUUUUAUGUGAAAGGGCAUGGCAUCCCUAUUUCCCUUAUGGAGGAGAUCAGAAGUGUUUCGCGCGAAUAUUUUUAUCAACCCUAUGAAGAGAAAAUCAAGAUCAAACUUUCUGCAGCAACUGGAUACAGAGGAUAUCAAAGAUUUCGAGAAAAUAUAACUAAAGGCAUACCUGAUAUGCAAGAAGCUAUUGAUUUCUAUAGAGAAGUAAAACAUGGGAUGUAUGGAGAUCUUGGAGAAGUUAUGCAAGGAUCCAACAUAUGGCCAAGUAACCCUUCAAAGUUCAAAAAGUUGAUGGAGCUUUAUAUUGAUCUUUGCACAGAUGUAUCGCGUAAGAUAAUGAGGGGAAUUGGUCUAGCGUUGGGUGGAUCAGCAGAUGAAAUGGAAGGGAAAAUAGCUGGUGAUCCAUUUUGGGUCUUGCGAACAAUUGGUUACCCUGCUUCAUCCAUCUUAGAUGAACAUGAUAAGGCUAAUGAUGUUGUUGGAUGUGGAGAGCAUACAGACUAUGGACUAUUGACAUUACUCAACCAAGAUGAUGACAUAGUUGCACUUCAGGUGAAAAACAAAUCUGGUGAGUGGAUAUCAGCACCACCAGUUCCUGGAACAUUUGUCUGCAAUAUAGGAGAUAUGUUGAAGAUCUUAUCAAAUGGAAUUUAUGAAUCAACGUUGCACCGUGUCAUCAAUAACACUCCCAGAUAUCGUGUGUGUGUAGCCUACUUUUAUGAGCCCAACUUCGAUGCUGCAGUAGAGCCAUUGGAUGUGUGUUCACAGAAGACGGGUGGCACCAAGAGUUUUGAAGGAGCUGUUUAUGGGAAGCAUUUGGUCAGCAAAGUCCUCAACAAUUUUGUGAUGUAGACACUGAGCAAGUCUGAAUGUGUCUCCUCUUUUCUUUACCAUAAAAAUAAACCGAGUGCCAAAUACAAUGUCGCACUAUACAAAACUUAAGACAGGCACUCUUCAGUCUGUUCUCGCUUUCAACUUUUCAAACUAGCAGAGAAUAAAGUUGUCUACAUGGUGCUCUUGACACUAAAAGCACCCAGUACCGCAUUCAAUGGAAAACAAACUAAGGAGGUCUUUGAUCAUACAACCGAAACACUAUAACAUAACCUCCCGAAUAAUCAGUCCAAGUGCAUUCUAUUGCAUAACAAUUUAGUCACCUUACAAAUAAUUAGUCAGGAUACAAAUCAAGAUGUACGGGAAAAAUAAGUGUAAAUUAUCUCAAUGAUACAAGAAAAAUGUCAGUAUAUAAUUAUACAAAACAUGAGGUAAAAGGCUGAGAUACGUUUAACCCU